AGGCGGGGUUAGAGAGACAAUAGGCUUUAAUCAUUCACAUGUCCAAGCUUCUCUCACAUGCCAGAGGGAGAGAGAGAGGUAGAGAGAGAGAGUGUUUAUUAGAGUUCACCAGUUCACCUCAGCUCACACUGAUCCACAGCUCCAGGAUAUUCUGGAAAACUUUGGAAACUCCUGAAAACUCUGGAAAACUACAAAAAACUCUGGAAAACCAGACACACCAGACAAAUUGGACUGUAACUGAGAAUCUUUUCUUGCCCAGCAUUCCAGAAAGACCAGCCUGGACCUUCACCCUCACCCUCAGCAUCCUCUUCGUUGCAGUAGUCCAGGGAUCCUGCUAUUGUGAACAGGUCAUGGUUGGAGAGAUCAGGAGGUCAGGAUGAUUUCUCAUUACCCGUUGGCCUCACUGCUGCCCUGGCCUCCUCUGCCCCUCUGCUUGGAGCUGGACCGUGAUGGAGGAGGAGUGGCCCUGCAGAGAUACCAGCCACGAUCCCCGGAGAGCAGCACACGACACUGGGUCAGUCACUGCAAACAGCCUGCAUGUAGUUCAGUGCAGGACUGGGGGGAGGAGGUGGAGGAGGGAGCCGUUUACAGCGUCACGCUCAAGAGGGUCCAGAUCCAGCAGGCCGCCAACAAAGGAGCGCGAUGGCUCGGGGCGGAGGGUGACCGCUUGCCCCCAGGUCAUACGGUCAGUCAGUUAGAGACUUGUAAAAUCCGGAGUAUCCGUGCAGGAACACUGGAGCGGCUUGUGGAGACGCUGCUGACGGCGUUCGGAGAUAAUGACCUCACCUACACCAGCAUCUUCCUGUCCACAUACAGGGCUUUUGCCAGCACCCAGAGCGUCCUGCAGCUGCUGCUGGACAAGUACGGGAACAUGGAGGACUGUAACGGGGAAAGCGAUCAGCACCACUCUGGAGAAAGCAGAGGAGCCGUGAGAAAUGCGUUAGCGUCCAUCCUGCGAGCGUGGCUGGAUCAGUGUCCAGAGGAUUUCCAGGAGCCGCCGUCGUACCCCAGUCUGAACAGGGUGUUGGGCUUCCUGCAGAAGGCCAUGCCCAGCUCAGAGCCCACGCGCCGGGCACAGAGCCUGCUGGAGCAGCUGCAGAGCCACGCUGGCCUGGAGAGCGACACAGAGGGAGGUUUCCAUGGUAACAGCCCCUUCUGCCUGGGAGAGGAUGAGGAGGUGGAGAUCGAGGUGCAGGAGGACUUCUUGUCCUUCAGCGCCGACCUGGUGGCGGAACAGCUCACCUACAUGGACGCGCUGCUGUUUAAGAAGGUGGUCCCCCACCACUGUUUGGGCUCCGUAUGGUCCCAGCGGGACAAAAAGGAGAACAAGCAGGCCGCGCCCACCGUCCGCGCCACCAUAACCCAGUUUAAUGCCGUGGCUGGCUGCGUGGUCAGCACUGUCCUCCGCCAGCGUCACCUACGGCCACACCUGCGCGCACGCGUCAUCCAGCGCUGGAUUGACGUGGCACAGGAGUGCAGAAUCCGUAAGAACUUCUCCUCUCUCAAAGCCAUCGUCUCUGCCUUGCAGUCCAACCCCAUCUACAGGCUGAAGAGAGCCUGGGCCUGUGUACACAAAGACAGCAUGCAAAUGUUUGAGGAGCUCUCAGACAUUUUCUCUGACCACAACAAUUACCUGACCAGCCGAGAGCUGCUGAUGAGGGAGGGUACGUCAAAGUUUGCCAGUCUGGAGAACUGUGCCAAAGAGCACCAGAAACGCUCCCAGAAGAGACUGCAGCUGCAGAAAGAGGCGGGCGCCAUGCAGGGGACGAUUCCCUACCUUGGCACAUUUCUGACUGACCUGACAAUGCUGGACACGGCACUGCCUGACCUGGUGGAGGGUGGUCUUAUCAACUUUGAGAAGAGGAGGAGGGAGUUUGAGGUGAUCGCGCAGAUCAAGCUCUUGCAGUCUGCCUGCAACAGUUACUGCCUCAACCCUGACCCAGCUUUCCUGCGCUGGUUUAAGAACCAACCCCAACACACCGAGGAAGAGAGCUAUGCUCUGUCCUGUGAGAUCGAAGGCCUGGGAGACAGCAGUCCCACAUCACCCAAAUCUCGCACCAGCAUGGUGAAGAGACUGAGUCUGCUUUUCUUGGGAAACGAUUCCUCAGCCACAAACUCCCCAGUCAGGGAAACACCCAGGUCGCCCCCUACUUGCAGCUCAGGGGAGAGCAUGGACUCAGUCAGUGUGUCCUCCAGCGACUCAAGCCCAUCGGACAUCGAGAGCAUGACGCCCACACACAGUCUCCACACACAAAUGAAGAAGAUGUCCGAGUCUUCCUCCUGUACAUCUCUCCACUCCAUGGACACCUCCUCAUCCUCAGCAAGCGGUCCAGGAUCUCUUGCCUCUCCUGCGCUACCUGGCUCUGCCCCCUGCAUUCAUCGCCGCUGUGCCUCACUCACCCCACUAUCCCCAACCUCACCCAGCUCACCCUGCUUGCCCCUUGCUUACAACACCCAGGCCCAAGACGCCUGCAUCAUCAGAGUCAGCCUGGAGCAGGGCAAUGGAAACCUCUACAAGAGCAUAAUGCUGACCAACCAGGACAAAACCCCUGCAGUGAUCAGCAGGGCCAUGGCUAAGCACAACCUGGAUGAGGAACAGGCAGAGGCCUAUGAGCUCGUUCAAGUCAUCUCAGAUGAGAGAGAGCUGGUGAUCCCGGACAACGCCAACGUCUUCUAUGCCAUGAACACCUCCGCCAAUUUUGACUUCGUGCUUCGCACGCGUGGCUCCGAAGGACGGCCGGUCCAGCUGCGUUCUCGCUGCAGCUCUACGCUCCCGCGCACGCAGCAUCGCGCCAGCCUGUCCCUCAGGCUCAGCAAGGUCACCCUGUGACCUCAGACCCCAGGCCAGAGUCAGCGGGGCACUUAUCUGUGAAGAGACUGGAAGGCCACCUGUGGAGUCUGUGGGACCGUAGCCCGUGCAAUGCUCUCCAAACGACAGUAUUCCUGACUCAAUGCCUGACGCGUGAAUGUUUUCCAUUCCGUUAUUUGUCACGUGACCCUUCAUUCACAGGCUGGGCCUUCAGUCUGGUUGCCUCGUGCUGCUCCAGGCCGGAGGGGUAAUCUGGGUAAUGGAGUUUUCAUACCCUCAUCCCAAAGAGACAGUGGACUCUCUCUUACCAGUAGGCCCUCUGUGGCUGGACAUGUAGGAAAAUUAUUCCAGUGCUUUGUCAGUAUUGCGCUCUUACUGAGCAGCUCGCCGCCUCUGUCUGAACGACAGACAGAGUUCGUCCUAUGGCCUUUAUCAGUGAUGAUGGGACUAUUGCACCAGUAUUGGAAGUGAUCGGUGGGAACUGUGGUGUCAUCAUCGUCUCUGUGUCUUUUUCAUGUCCCCGUGUGCACUGUGUGGACAGCGUGGACAAGCAGCCUUGUGGUUAGAAGUCUAAAGUGUGGCUUAUACUGCCCCCUGCUGCCUCUCUAAGUCAAUGUCUGUGUCUCUCAUAUUGUGAGCUGUGUGACGAAUGCAGGAGAAGAGCAUUCUGAUUGGCUUGAACAAGUCUGUGGAUGUUAUUUCUUUGCUGGGUGGUUCUUAGCAUGUGGUCAUACCGAUAGGAAGGCUGGCCACUCCGGAAUCUGGACUGAGCUGAGCUCUGAUUGGUUGCACUUGCUAAAAGGUGGAGUGGGGUUAUAAAAAGAAAAGAAACGGAAAGGAAAGGAAAAAAAAAGCAAAGCAAUGCAGUCUUCCACUCCUUCGGCACAAUAAGAAUGGUGUACUUAGAUUUUUUAUGUAUGUUUUGUAAGACAGAAAAAAAAAAUAUCUGUAAAAAUGUUAUUGAGAGAAAGAUUUGGUAAGUUUUUUUAAUGAUUUGUAACUGAAAUAAUGUUAGAAAAGGUAAAAAAAAAAAAACUGUGAAGCAAUGAAGGCGACUGUAUAACCACAGGUGAUAUUAACUUAAACCCUGCUACAUAACGUUGAUAUAACCAUGCCUUGAGCAUGUCAUGGGAGCGGUCAUAUGCUGUAAUAAGUGGUCAUGAUACAUUAUGUCCAGCAUCAUGUUACCAUGACUGGUAACUGUCAUGACAGCUAGAUAAGAGUAUCAGCAUUUGACAUAAGCUGUCAUGACACUGAACAUUAUGGCAUUUGUCAUUGCAGUUACUAGGAAUGAUAACAUGACAACAAAUGACAUCUGCCAUGACAUGUUUAUGGCACGGUUAUGUCAGUGUUAUGUAGCCGGAUUGAAGUAAAGCGUUAGCUGGUAUUCAAAUCACCCAGGAUGUCCACUAUGUUCUCUAUGUCAGCUGUCUUCAGUCAUGUCCUUCAGGAUCUCUGGCUCCAUGUUUUUGCUUGAUCCUGGCUUCCAACACCCUUGAGGCAGGUAAUUGUGAUGUAUGUGACUACAACACCGCUAAUGGGUUAUAUAAUUAUAUUCAUAAUAAUCAUAAUAAUAAUAAUAAUAUGGCUUCUAGGAUAGCACAGAUUGUCUGGUUCAGGUGUGAAGCUAAAACAGAAACAAAAACAAGGACUGGACUUAAGAUCCUAAAGGACUGGAUAGGAAAGCUGUGUCCUACAUAUCUGUACAGGUCUCAAUCAUUCUUGUAAUUCCCAACUUAAUGAUGUUCACACUAACCUUCGCAUGUAUGCACUAAGUCAACUAUCACCACCGCCUUUAUUAUGAAGUGUUCGUUGCACCUGCACAGUGCAUUUUUUCCCCACCGAUGGCUGCACUAUUGGUUUUACACCCCCCUAAAGCCGUGGCAUUCACACCCAGCCUCUUUGCAGUUUGUGUUUUCCUUGCUUUUAAACCUUUCCUCUUGUGUUACGAGUUGUAGGUGUUUAAGAGUGGGGCAACACUUGAUUGUGCACUACAGUUUAUAUGCAGGGGCUGGGAACUGAAUAGCAUAGCUAACGAAGACUUGGGGAGCCUAGAUCUCUGAGUUUUAUUCAUUUUCCCAUAUUGUGGGGAGCAUCAGUAAAAGCCAGGCCUACAGCUUCUGCUAAAGCUCUACGCUUUUCCUUUUGUUGUUGUACCUCAUCUGUGCUACCACUGACCUGCAUUCCUCAUCCAUUCAGAAUCCUGUUCUUGCAUGUGCCAUACGUACUUUAUAAUCUCUUGACAGGAUCGCUGAGUUCUCCCAGUGUCUCGGCGGCCAUAACUCGCUGACACUGCGGCCACAGAGCGCUCUGGGCUUCGUUUUAAAGCAGCGGGUCAGGCAGUGGUAGCUGGUUCAUUUGUCUUAAAUUCAAAUGCAGCACUUGUGAAUUUUUCUCAGUUUCUUAUUUUGAGUAUUUCUUCAUUGCCAAAGAGUUCUCUAUCUACCAGAGUUAGCAAAUAAAUUAUCAUUAUGACCAUGAAAUGUUUUCUUUUUUGUAAUUGAAUAUUCAUUUUCCUGAAUUAAACUGAAGUGUCUGAAGA